UUCAUCCAACUUUUCCGUUCCCUAGGCAACAGAGGUUUGGACGGCCGUCGGGGAGCUACCGGUGACCACGGCAGCGUCAUGGUGCAAGGAGAAAAGGGCAUUGGAGGCCUGCCAGGCAGUUAUGGCCGGCCAGGCGAGCCAGGACGCAAGGGCUAUCCCGGACGGCCGGGCGAGAGCGGCGCCAAGGGCAGGGUUGGCUUCUUCGGCAUGAAAGGCUUCAAAGGUGGGUACGUCCGAGGGACACGGUGACUCUCCAAGAUUACCUCUAUGGAGAGUAAGUAA